AAUGAUAGUAGUGUAAAGCUGCAUAUUACUAUGAUUCGAUCUACAUAAUUCUCAUUCUGCUAAUUAGAGGCCUUGUUUUCAAAGAAAAGAACCAAAAUAGUGUAAACGGCACACUUCCAAGUUUCAGUAUUAAACCAUUUAACUACCUCUUCAUAACUCAACACCUCCCAUCUCUCUUGUUCUCACUUUGUUUUCUUCAGAAAUUUCUCUCAAAUGGGUAUCAAAAUUUUCAUUGUUUCCUUCAUGAUAACCUCAUUCUUUUUCUUUAUUCUUUUGAUUCCAACAAGAUUAACCAUACCCAAGUCCAGUUUCAGUGUUCCUAUGAACAACUCCUUCAACAUUACCAAGAUCAACAGGACAUACCCAGUUACUUUUGCUUACUUGAUCUCUGCUUCCAAAGGUGAUUCUGGGAAGCUCAAAAGGUUGAUGAAGGCUUUGUAUCAUCCAGGGAACUACUAUUUGAUUCAUAUGGAUUAUGGGGCUCCAAAGGCUGAGUAUAGGGAUGUGGUUGAAUAUGUAGCCAAGGAACCAGUUUUUGGACAGGUUGGGAAUGUUUGGGUUGUGGGUAAGCGUAAUUUGGUCACUUAUAGAGGACCAACCAUGCUUUCUACCACUCUGCAUGCUAUGGCAAUGCUUCUGAGGAGUUGCCAAUGGGACUGGUUUAUUAAUCUUAGUGCCUCUGAUUAUCCCUUGGUUACACAAGAUGAUCUGAUCCAAGCCUUUUCUGGGGUUCCAAGGGGUAUCAAUUUCAUUCACCAUAGUAGUCAGUUGGGUUGGAAACUGAAUAAGAGAGGGAGGCCAAUAAUUAUAGACCCAGGGCUUUAUAGCCUCAAAAAAUCACAAAUUUGGGGGGUCACCAGGCAGAGGAGUCUCCCAACAGCUUUUAAACUCUAUACAGGUUCAGCAUGGACAGUACUGUCAAGAUCUUUUUCUGAGUAUUGCAUUAUUGGGUGGGAAAAUUUGCCAAGGACCCUCCUCCUCUACUACACAAACUUUGUGUCAUCCCCAGAAGGAUACUUCCAAACGGUUAUUUGCAACUCUAAGGAUUACAAGAAUACCACAGCCAAUAAUGAUCUACACUACAUUACUUGGGAUAAUCCUCCAAAACAACAUCCAAGGACACUAGGAAUCAAGGAUUAUAGGAAAAUGGUUUUGAGCAACCGUCCAUUUGCCAGAAAAUUCAAGAAAAAUGAUCCUGUUCUAGAUAAAAUUGAUAGAGAGCUUUUGAAGAGGCAUCGUGGGCAAUUUUCUUUUGGGGGAUGGUGCUUAGAGGGUGAAAGGGGCAGAGCAUGCCCAACUUUGAAAACUGAGAAUUAUGGUGUUCUGAAACCUGGCCCAGCCUCAAAAAAGUUGAAAACUCUACUCUCAUAUAUUCUCUCUCGUAAAGUUUUUCGCAAAUUGCAAUGCCGGUAACUUUUAUGUCAUUUUCCAUAGUUUAUCACUUGUAAAAAUGUCAUGAUAUAUACAAUGGAUAAUUUUUGUGAAUUUAUGAUAUAUUUAUCUAA